GCAGUUACUCUGCUGGUGAUAGUAUAAUGGCGCUGCUUCUUCUGUUGGUGGUGUGGCUGCUGCAGCUGAUAGACACCUCUCAUCCAGCACCCUCCUCCAGUGGGUUCCACUACCACGACAUCAUGAAUGGAAAUGGCAAUGGAGAGAUAUACUUCAAUGGAGUUCAACUGCAUGUGGAGACAAUUGCCACAACAAUCACUGCAACUCAAGGGUCUAAUGUAACUUUGCCAUGCCGCUAUUUCUACCAACCCUACCUUAUUGCAAAACGCAAAACUAGAGUCAAAUGGUCUCGUCUUCCUAGCAAUGGUGGACCAGAUACAGAUGUGCUGGUGGCCAUUGGUCACCAUCACCGCAGCUAUGGAGAAUUCAAAGGUCGUGUGCACCUUCGUAAGGACUCUGAAGGUGACGUCUCCCUCAUUAUCACAGACCUUCGACUUCUUGACACAGGGAAGUACCGCUGUGAAGUUAUUGAUGGCUUAGAAGAUGAAAGUAGUACUGUAGAGCUAGAACUGCGUGGAGUGGUAUUUCCAUAUCAGCCGAAAGAGGGGCGCUAUAAAUUCAGCUUUGAGAUGUCUGUUCAAGCCUGUGAGGAGCAGGAUGCCACCAUUGCCACUUUUGACCAAUUGUAUUCAGCAUGGGAAGAGGGUCUUGAUUGGUGUAAUGCUGGGUGGCUGGCAGAUGGAUCAGUGCAGUACCCAAUUACCAUGCCCCGGGAGCCAUGUGGAGGGAUCAAUAUGGCCCCAGGGGUCCGCAGCUAUGGCAUUCGUCACAAACAGGAGGAAUUCUAUGAUGUUUUCUGUUUUUCAUCUUUCAUAAGAGGAAAUGUUUACUACCUGCAUCAUCCUCAGAAGCUUAAUUUCACUGAAGCUAAGAUGGCUUGUGAGCAGGAAGGAGCACAUAUCGCCAAGGUGGGCCAGCUGUAUGCAGCCUGGAAAUUUCAUAGCCUGGACCGCUGUGAUGCUGGAUGGCUGGGUGACGGCAGCUUGCGUUAUCCCAUUGUCUUCCCAAGAGCAAAUUGUGGCCCUCUAGAACCAGGUGUAAGGACUUUUGGCUUCCCUGACAAAAAUCAGAAACAUGGCGUGUAUUGCUAUAAAAUGACUUAAAACUAAUUUAUAAAACUUGAAGAAUCUAACUUUUUAAAUAUUGUGUUUCUCUUUAUUUGUCAUUAGACUUGUUUUACUUAAUGAUAAUUUCUAUGUUUUUCCUCCAGUGUUCUGGUCUUUAGUCUUCUUCCUAUUAAGCUGUGACCUCUCUCCUCCAUUUCACUUAUUUUUUUCUUUGGUCCUCUACAAUAUAUUGAGCCUUUUCAGGUACUCUUCCUCUCUUGCUCCCUCUAUGUCUCCCUGAAAAGUUCAGCUUUAAGUGAAAGUUGAGUUGAGCAGAUUACAAUGUAAGCUGCUUAGCGCUGAUCUUUAGUUUCACUGGAUGAAGAAGGAGAUCUAAAAAGAUGAUAUUUUGCUCUUGAUGAACUGUGACUUGGACAACUGCUUCCAGUGUGGUGUAGCAAGAUUGAUUAGAUUCCUAACAGAAGUAUUCUCUUUAUUACUGUGGUUUAUUUUAAAAUAUUUAAUUUUUAAUUUAAAUAUGCAGCUUCUGUGAGUUGUAUGGGUUUGUAAUUGUGCUGGUUGACUAAACCCACCUUGCAGCUCUUCUAGAUUUUGUGCCACACAGUUUCUGAAAAAAGAUUUAUUUAAACAAAUAACAAAAGAACUGUCCUCCUACAGUACUUAUCUUUUGUGACCACUGCUCCUUCUUUAGCAGCAAUGAGUUCUUUUAUUAGGGUAAAUAUUAUUUUAUCCAGAAAACAUGUAGAACAGAAGGUGUAGAUGUCCCUGUAAUGGAAAAGACUAAGAAGGUGUCUUAAUGUGGUUUAAACCGAGGCCAAUAAUGAUGGCAAACCAAAACUGUCUUGUGACUGUUUAAUGAAUCUGUUGGAAAUGUACUAAAGGGGAAUUCAGCUCACUGAUAUGUCAAAAAUGACUGUCUAUAAACAAAUGAAUCCUAAAUUACAUGUCAAUUGCUGAAUUAAAGUAAAGCUGCAUUAUAUAUUUAAAAUACUAAGAAAUGUUUUGUACUAUAAUACCUAGCCACACAUAAGUGACUGGUGAGAUAAUAUACUGUAACAUGUCUGUGCCUUGGCCUGGGCCGUUGUAACAGUCAUUGUUACAACAGCAACAUGCUAUUGAAGGGUUUCAAACCAAAAUUAUUACAGAUAGUUUUAAAAAAUAUAUAUUUUGUUUUUUAUGAUUUAUUGUGAUAAGUGCAGUAUACUUUUUUACAUUUUUAUAUUUUUUUUUAAAUAAUGUAAAAAUUACUAAUAAAAAUAUAUUUAAACAA